ACUUCACAGGGCUAUUGUGAGGAUAAAGUGAGAUGAUACUCAGGAAGUUCUCUGUGAACUUUAAGGUGCUAUAUAAAUACUAAUAAAAAUCAAAAUAAAUCAGGAUCAAAUUCAUUCUGCAUUCUUUCAAUGUGUUUUUGAUUAUUUCUAUUUUUUUUCAGACUUUCAACUGAACAUUCAGGAUAUGAUUCUUCUGAUAUUGAGAGAUCAACAAUCUUAUGAAUUAUGAACAGCAACAUAUCUCAACCAGAUAAUGACACAAUAUUGAUGCUUGGGAAUCCAACCAUUGCUGUGGUCCUCCCAAUCGUGUAUUCACUGGUAGCCUUCAUCAGCAUCCCUGGGAAUCUUUUUUCCCUCUGGGUACUCUGCUGCCACACCAAACCCAAAUCACCUUCUGUCAUUUUUAUGAUCAACCUUUGCAUCACUGAUCUCAUGUUGGCUGUAGCUCUCCCUUUUCAGAUCUUCUAUCACUUGAACAGCAACAACUGGCCCUUUGGAAAGUUCCUCUGUAAUCUCGUGACAGUCGUCUUCUACACCAACAUGUAUUCCUCCAUACUGACCAUGACCUGCAUUAGUGUAGAGCGAUUCCUGGGGGUUGUAUACCCCUUGACAUCUACCAGGUGGAGAAGGAAGAGAUAUGCAGUUUUAGCUUGUGUAGGUAUAUGGUUUCUUUUACUGCUUGCCCUGUCCCCCUUGGCUAUCACAGACUUGACCUAUGAAGUAAAAGCCCUGGGGAUCAUCACCUGUUUUGAUGUCCUCAAGUGGAAUAUGCUGCCUAGCCUUGCAAUGUGGGGCAUUUUCCUCUUCACCUUGUUCAUUUUUCUGUUCCUUAUUCCUUUCAUUGUGACUGUAGCCUGCUAUAUUGCCACCAUCCUCAAGCUAAUCCGGACUUCUGGAAGGUAUGGAAAUGGACAGAAAAGCCGAUCCAUCUGUCUUGCUGGUAUUGUCCUCCUCGCCUUUGUCACCUGUUUUGCUCCUAACAACUUCAUUCUUUUAGUGCACAUGGUCAGCCGCCUAUAUUUCAAGAAGAGCUACUACCACAUUUAUAAGCUUACCCUCUGUCUCAGCUGCCUCAACAACUGCUUGGAUCCCUUCAUUUACUACUUUGCCUCUAAAGAGUUUCAUCAGAAAUUAAGGAAGUUCCUAGGUAAAAAUGCACUCUUCAGUGAUAGCUCAGAGACCAGAAGGGAAAGUUUAUUCUCUGCCAGGACCCUGUCAGGCCGAUCAAUGUCAAAUGGACAGGGGGAAGGGUCAACUGGAGUCAGCCGGGCCUGUUUGCAAAGGCAGGAAAGUUUGUUUUAAGGAUGGUAUGUGAGCUAAAGGGGCAAAGCUGAUGCUCUCAUGUGUGAAAAAAUUAAGGUAAAAAGCCCAUUUUUUUCAGGUCUGAAAACGGAUUGAUGUUUCCUGUGCUGGGAUUGGAGUCAGUAGACCUCCUUUUUAGAGAAGGUGGCUAAAACUUGAGCUCAAGUGGGAAUACUUCCUGUUACACCAGACACAAAAUACCCGGUGGGCUUCAAAAGGAUGGACUCUUGAAUAGAAAAAGAGGAAAAGCAAAGAAAGCAUUAUGCAAUAAUCAGUCUUGUUCUCUGAAUAGGAAGUCAGAGAUUGUACAUUUCUUAAACUGGAGAAGGAGGGAAAAAUUUUUCUUUUGCAACAGCCAUUCACACAUUUACAUUCAACUACUCUCCUACCUCUGUUUUACCUACAGAUUCUCCUUCAAUAGCAUUAUGUUCAUAGCCCUUAACAUGCCAGAUACACUCUCCACUCUUGCUCUUUUCUUAGGCAUAAGAAGGUUGAACCAGAUGACCUCCAAGAUCUUUACAACUCUGAAGCCAUGAUUAUAUGAAUUUUUGUGCUCACAUAGACAGUUUUUUUCCUUGCCAUCUGUCACUUGGAACUGUUUCCUGAUAAAAUGACUAACCAGCCACUGUGGCAUAGGAGAUAUGAACAAGUAGGCAUUUUUUCAGUGAUAAAGGCAUUAGCUAGGCACAAGCAACCCUGUGUUCCAAGUCAUGUGCAAUCAAUGUUGGGUGCUCACCAAUAGCUGACAAGCUGACCGUGUGGCCAGAUUAUCUAUAUUGUGGUUAAUUUCAGUGGUCAUGGGAGGACGUGGUUUAAGAGUUCCUUGUUUUGCAUAUUACACAUCUUCUAUGAGAAAACAAGAGAAAAACUACACUCUAAGUAGAACCUUCAAGUAUACAAUGUGGCGUCAGGUGUAUUAUCAGCAUUUAUAAAGUUGCUCUUAUAGCAGCCACUGGAUUGACAAUUUUCAGUCUUAUACUCCCGAAGGUAAAAUCAGGUUUUUUUUUUUGUUACUGGGUCUUUUGAUGUGGUUUAAGUUUUCUGACACAUGUCUUUCUACAUCCAAGUCUUCAAUCUGAUCAUUUAGCUAACUAAUAUGCAGAGAUGAACCAAUCUGACCUCACUGAAAGUGAAUAUGAUGAUAAUGGGCAAUGAAAAGGGGGAAAGGGAGGGGAUAAUAACCUAAGAGUAAAUGAGAAAAAGGGAAAUGUUUAUCUCUGCUUGCAAAGCUCUAAAGUUAGGGGUAUACUAGUAAUAAGACCUACAUAUUCUAAAAUGGUAACACAAAAUAAAGGGCAUAAAAAGAGAAAAAAAAAUAGUGGAGAGGGAGAUGGAUUAGAUCUUUGAGUUCAUUUGUUAUAGAACUCUUAAUAAGUAAACUCACGUCUUUCCCCCAAUCUAGAGAUUUUUCUACAGCAGGAGGAGAAGAAGAAAAAGUGAGAACAGAGCUAUAAUACUUGGGGGAAAGGAAAUUGUACUGGUAGUGAGAAAAAUCUGGAUUCUAGUCCCAAUUAUAUCACUGGUUUACUAUAUAAUUUUGGAGAAGUCACACAAGGCCAUGUCCAGUCAUCUUGAUUUAUAUAUGGCCACCGGACUCAGAUGAUUCUGAAGGAUAAAGUGAGGCAAGUCAGUUUGCGCAACCUCACUUAAAUCUUUUUUUUUUUUUUUAACCUCACUUAAAUCUAAUUCACUUGGAUGUCAUGACAUCAUCUCCCUGAUGUCAUGGUCUUCAAGAACAGAAGACAAAUAACAACAAACAGCCAUAAUCUUCCAAUUGUAUCAUCUCUCUAAUGCCCUUGUGGUUCCUUUUGUCAUUACUGCAUUGAAACUGAUAUAGUUGAAUUGCUCUAAGCUCCUAACAUCUCUGUGUUGUUCAGGAUCAACAAGGCAACCAAAAUCAGGAUCAAUGAACUUGUCCCUGCUGUUGCAAUUCUCAGUUUAUACCUUUGAGGAUGAAAGGAGAGCAAAAUGUAAUAUUUUGGUAUCCAAGAGGAUGUACUGAUGAUUUUGCCUAGCAGGAUAGAAUUUUACCAAAUCUCUAAGCAAAAGAAGUCUUCACCUAGUUUGCAAGUCACAGAAGAAAAAUAGGUGGGCUGUGCAAACAAAAAGCAUGCCAGGUGUGUGUGCUUGAAGAAGGGACUAGUGAGGAGAAGAGGAAGCAUACCUAUCCAACCAGAAAAAAACUGGGUAAAAUAGAUGCCAUCUGCUCUGCAACACAAAAUACAAUUGGACAAAUCUUAUUAUAGCCUGAUCUCUAUAGAGUGGCUCUGGGGACAGAAGAAAAGGUUUUCUAUUUUGCAUCCUGUUCCUUUAUUUGAAAUGCAAAUGUUAACCCUGUGUUAUUGUCUAUACCAGACAUUCAUUCUGUUUGUUUUGGGUGUCCAUGCUGGAAGGCCUAGUGUAGGAUAGUUAAGUUUAAAAGAUAAGUUUUAAAAAAUUUAGAACCAAGAUGGGCAAAAAGGGGUAAAGAGGAGUAGAGAGACUGGGCAUUUCUAAAUGAACUCUCAUGAUCAGCCAUAGAAAACCUGUUUGUUUGGCCAGAAUUGACCCUUGAAGAAAUUAUGCUUUGUGUCAAAUCGUUUUGCUGAAUAGGAGCUCUACCCUACAAGAGUCCAGAGUUCAUUUAUAAUUCAAGGGGUGGUUGAGAAAUACAGAUGUUCUGCUCUGGACUCUGCUUUCAACAAUGUAUUAUAUAUCUACCAUCCCAAUGAAGGAUAGAUAAAUAUAAA